CUCGCCUUCAAGCCUCGGAUCAUCCUUACUCUACACAUAAAGCAUUGUCACGUCACUCGCGUGUGGCUGGCGCGCUUGGUUGAAAGGCGAGAGAACCAGGCAGGCAAACCAAACAGACAACCAGCCGGGCCCAUGCCUCCAUCCCAUCUUGGCAUGAACCUUACAUGGCAUGCAUCACGAUUCUGUCUAUUUGCUGGAGACGACCUUGAUGAAUGACUUGAGGUCGUUGACAGCAUCCUUGUAGAAGCCCAAAGCAGCGUCCUGCUCCUUCCUGCGGGCCGCAACCUGAAGGGGGGUCCAACAUGCACGGGCAUGCAAACAACGUGUCACUCAGAUCUGCUCUCUCUCUCCCUCCCUCCCUCCCUCCUUCUCUACAUGCUCAUGUGUGGCACCUACCGAGAGUUUAUCGAGGUCGCGAUAGAACUUCUUGGCUGCCUUGGAUGCAUCGGGGUUGCCGCUCACAGAGGCCAGAGAGUUCAUGUUCUCCCGAAGGUCAUACGUCUGUUGGGUGACAUACACAGGGACCACCAUCGUACCGCCCCGCCGUAGCUGCUCUGGCGGGCGUGCCGUGAGAGUGCGUGCGUACCUGUCGCGAGAGUUCCAUGCGGACCUCCUCCCAGAGCUGCUGGUCGAGGUAGUCCUUGACCUUGGCGAUCCUGCCAGCAGACUCCUCAACCUUCUUCACCUUGCGGCCAACCUGACAAAUGGAUCAAUCAAUCGAUGGAUGGUGUCACCACCCACCCAUCCAUCCAUCCAUCCACCCACCGCACCUCCUGCUUGCUGUUGGGCACCCAGACCCUGUCCUCUCCCGUGCCGUACACCGAGUAGGGCGAGUACAGAGGGGCCUCCUGAUCACUUCCAUACGCCGCACCCUCAGACAACGUACUCGCGCCACCGCCAAAACUGACCCAUCCAACCGAUCCAACACAGACGACAUGUGACCGUGCCAUCUUUCUGCUAAUUGCGUGCGCACCCGAAGUACGAGGCCUUGGGUGCGUCGCCAGUCUUGGCUGAGGCGGCGAGGGGAGCGAAGAGGCUCAGCAGGGAUGCGGCAGCGAGAGAUGACGUCAUGGCGUCCCUCCGGCCGAGAACCUCGUCCUCAUUGGCUGUCAUCUGCAGAGCUGACGACCGGCGGAGGGAGCCCCGUGAGAGGCCCGACAGACCUGAUAUCCCGGGAGCCACAUAUGAUCACCUCGGCGUCAUUGCUUCUCUGCGUCAUCUGCUCACCGGUUGACGGGGCGAACGCAUGCGCGCCGCCGCAGCAGAGCAGGGCCAGGACAGCAAGGACCUUCAUUUCGCAGACGAGGGAGGGGAAAGAAAGGUUGAC